AUGAGCACCGACCCUGAGACUCCCGAUGCGCCAGAUGGCCUCGACCACCAUGACGAAGAAAGCGAAGCGGACGAUGAAGCUGCCAACGACACCAGCAUGCACGAUGUGGAAGAUGACGAAGGUGCCGCCGACGGAGAAGUUGAAGGUGACGGUGAGGGCGAGGCUGAUGCCGCGGCUGAACGGACAAUGUCAACAAACGGCAGAACUUACGCCGUGUCUGAUGAACCUGAAGGCUACAGCGUCUUCGACAACCCGCCUAAUCUCGCCGAAAUGCGACAGAGACUUUUCUCUCUAGAACACCCCAUCGAGCUGCCUGUCGCGGACUGGCAAGCUUACUUCCCUUUCGUCGACAACAUCUGGCGCAAGAUGAGAACGACAGACUCCCAACCCGAGAAUGUUGCUGCCACGGUCGACUAUUACGCGUGCAGACUCCGACGCGGCGCUACCCCAAAGGUACACACACCUCGUCCCACACCAGAAGGGAAACAACAGAGAAAGAAAAGAGUUCGAGAAGAAAAAACAUGUGCCAUGACGAUGAAGGUGGUCUACAACCACGGUCCAAUAGAGACUUGCACUAUUUCGAAGGCUACUGAUGGUGUAAUGAGACAUUCCCACGAUUUGGACUAUGUCGAUGGUACGAAGCGAAAUACCGGGAUCAUGGACACAGCCCGCCGCGAGGCCGCCAAAGCUUACCUGCCCGCGUCGAUAUUUUGGAAAAUGUGGGAAGAGCCAGAGAAGAUGCGGGCUGCCGGCGGAAAGUUUAUGAAAAUGUCAGACGUCCGGAACGUCCAGUAUGCAUGGCGCCAGGGACAUCAGCAAGUCGUUCUGAAAGCACACAAGGGCUUCAACCAACAACGUGCACCUCGACAACCGCCAGUACCCCCACCACCUCCAAAGCCUCAAUUCCAGCCUUCCAUGCAGCCUGGCGUCUUUGGCCGGUUGGAACCUGUCAAACCAAAUACAAGGAAUGAGCCUACAACAGCAGUUCAUUGGGACACUCUACAGUACCCUCAUCAUGCCAGAGGCUUCCUGGAAUCCUACAUCCCCGAUCCCAAACUUACGGCGGUCCGAACUCGUCCCCACGUAACCCUUACCUGGGCAAGCAGCCUCGAUGGACGGAUCAGUCAAAUACCUGGAGUUCCUACGGCCGUGUCUGGCCCAGAGACGAAAGCAAUGACACACUAUUUGAGAAGUCGACAUGAUGCCAUCUUGAUUGGAGUUUCUACAGCUAUUGCCGACGAUCCUGCACUGAAUUGUCGACUCGCGAAUCCUGCCGGAUAUGGUGGACUAGGCUGGGAGUUCCAACCCCGACCGAUCAUUGUUGAUCCUCAUGCCCGCUUGCGAAUCCAUCCUGGGAUGAAGGUGCUCAAAGCGGCGACGGAACGACGCGGCAAGGCUCCAUGGGUGAUCGUUGCUCCAGGUGCCUUGCUACAUCCCAUGGCUGUUAGCACGCUGAAAGCGCACGGCGGAGAAUAUUUGAUGAUUAAUGAUUAUCACCCAGCACACGGAGGGCUGAACUGGGAGGGUAUUUUCCAUGUGCUAUUUCGAGAAGGUAUUAAGAGCGUCAUGGUCGAAGGCGGGGGAGUCGUCCUUUCAGAGCUGCUGAAGAUGCACCGCUCCCACCUGAUCGACUCUAUCAUUCUCACGAUAGCUCCGACGUUUUUUGGCAAAGCAGGAGUGAUGGUCUCCCCAGAUCCGGCAUUUGACCCUACUGGGCGACCCAUAGCCACGAGAUUGAGAAAUGUGAGGUGGCAACCGAUGGGAGAUGCCGAUGUGGUUAUGUGUGGCCACAUGACUGUCGACCAGCCUCCGAUUACGAACGGCAUGCUACCUGGCAUUGAGGAGUACUCGCGAACAGCACCAGGCAUACCAAAUGUGCAACAACAACCGCAGCAGCCUCGACCCCAAACAGCAGGACAACAACCACCUCCCGGCCCACCACCACCGCAGGCGCAACCUCAACCGUCUUCACAAACACCUCAGAAUGAGGCUCAUGCUUCGGCUGUGAAUGCUCCUGUUGCUACGCCGCAACCAGGAGCACCUGCGUCCUCAGCACCGGUGCCUCCUUCCGCAUCUAGUGACGCACAGCCUUAG